GCCACCGCCUUCUCCCGCUCAGGAGCCGCGAGCGGGCGCUCGGGACACGAGCGCGUGCGGUGCUGCAUCAAAGAGAAUGCGGCUGGGAGAGAGCGCGAGAUGGCUGAGGAUUUAGAGCGCGAGGGCGUUCAGCGGACUUGAUCUGAAGCGACGUAGGCUGCUACGUUCAGGCUCCGGGAGAAAACAGCGUAUAAACAGAUACACGCACUUCCUUCCUUCCGCGUGCUGCGGAGCGGAUAAAGCGCUGACGUCGGCGGCGGACCGGCGUUUAGGCUAUAGCGCCGCGGAGUAGAGCAGCCAGCGCCGAGCAGAGAGAGGCGGGGUGCGCGGUGCACGAUAAGCUAGUACAGGCGGCGACCACGGACUGCUACAACAAUAAUAGCUAAUAAUGCUGGAGCGCGCGAGAGCAGGCUGCUAACGGCUAAACGGCUACAGACCAGCAGAAGCUGAAGCAGCAGCAGCAUCAACAACAGCAUCAGCACUAGCUGUGGACUUCACACACACACGCGUAUACAAACACGCAAGCUCGCACACGCGCGCGCGAGCGACACCCCCGUCCGCCCUCUAUGUCUCCGCCAUGUGCUCAGUGAACGCCGCGGACGAGGAGCAGAGAUGGGUGCCCACGCACGUGCAGGUGCUGGUGAUCCGUGCGCGCGGCUUGCGCGCCAAGGGCAAGCACGGCACGAGCGACGCGUACACGCUGAUGCAGCUGGGCAAGGAGAAGUACUCCACGUGCGUGGUGGAGAAGAGCACGGCGCCCGAGUGGAGCGAGGAGUGUUCGUUCGAGCUGCAGCCCGGCGUGCUCGAGGAGGGCGGCCGCGACGCGUGCGCCCCGGGGAGCUGCGACCUGACCCUCACCGUCAUGCACCGCGCGCUCAUCGGCCUCGACGUGUUCCUGGGCCAGGCCGUGAUCCCCCUGGACAAGGCCUUCAGCGAGCGGAUAUGCAUGAAGAACGAAUGGUACAAGCUUCACUCAAAGACUGAAAAAAAGGUGAAGGAAAGAGGGGAGCUCCAGGUAACCGUGCAGUUCACACGCCACAACCUGACGGCCAGCAUGUAUGACCUCUCCAAGCCUCGCUCUGCCUUUGGAAAGCUGCGAGAGCGCAUGCGUGCCAAAAAACGAAGCGCAGACGAAGAGUCUUCCUCUGCUAUCGUCCCUGGGGGCUAUGGGGCGCUGGCGCGGAUGAGGGGCCGGUUACCGAGCGAUGGAGGAGGAGAAGAAGACUAUGAAGAUGACGAGGGUGGGGAGCUGAGGAGAAGUAAGAUGAGGAGUUUCUUCUUGCGGGGAAGGUUAAGGAAGUCUUCAGAUACACGCUCUAGCACAUCACUGGGCUCCGAGAGUAGUGAGUCGUCUUCCAGAGGAGGCAGUCUCAGCCCUACAGCUGGUAUCAGUGUGGUGGUUUCUGAUCUGUCCAACUCCCCUAGUAACAGCAGCAACCUGACAGCAGAUAACAGCCCAGAGCACACAGUAGCACCAUCACCGCAGGUCUCUCCUGUCAAGCAUGCGUUUGAUGAGCCAUGUGACAAUAGCAUCCCGGUGCCUAAUUCCCUAACUAACGACAAUGACUUCCACAUUCUUCUGCCCUCUGUCUGUGUGAAUGGGAAUCCGGUGGAAACAUCUCCACUUACUCAUCAACCACCAACACUGAUACUGCAACAGCCCAAGCCACAGCCGCAGACCCAACAAGAACCAACCAGAACGCCACCUCAGACGAGUUCACCAGAGAAAAAACUGACUCGGCCUCACACAGCAAAACCACAGGUAGACCCUCAGACACAGCUGCCGAAGGUGGAGUCAAAGCCCAAGCUUGAGCCUAAGCUGUCAGGUCUAGGGCUUCUGCAGAAGGGCUCCGCACUCUCCCUCUCUCUGCAGAACCUCUCUCGACGUGGAGAGGAGCGGAAAGGCGGAGGGCCGAUAGAUGGGCGGCGCUGGUCUUUUGAUAGACCUGGAGAUGAGGAGAAAGCUGCUAUUGCUGCUGCACUGGAGAACGCUGGGUUGAUUACUGAUGAGCCAGAGGUGGAGGCGAUGACUGUUUCUGAGACAGAAGUGCCAAGCAAGAAGAAGCGGGGUUUGUUUUCACAUGGGCGGGGCGGUGAAUCUGCUGGGAAAGGAUCGGGAACAGGCAAAGAAGAAACAGGCCAUGGCCAGCCACCUACAGAAGGAAAACACAGAGGAUGGUUUAGCUCUAAGGAUAGUAAACCCAGCCAGCUUCUUGCUCUUCAGGACUCCAGCCCCAGCAAAACCAAACCUCCUUCAACCUUGACCCUAACAGACCCCUCACAGGGCACAGCCCACCAGUACACUAAUCCAUUCACCUCACCCCCAUUGCUCUCCCCUGCCAACCCUUUCUUUUCUCAUCUGCAGCAGAAUCCUUUUUUCCAGGAUCUGUGUACUGUUACUUUAACUCCCGCUUUGCCCUCUCUUUUUAGCCCAGACUGCACUCAAUCUACAGCACCUUCCUUCAGUACAAGCAACUACACUUCUCCUUCAGGCUUACAUGAGGCUGGACAUACAAAUGGACACUCUGUGAACAACAAAGCAUCAGAAAUGGCUAUAAAACCUAAGGAUAUUCAUAUAUCAGAUGAGUGUGGAUUAAAUCCAGACUGGGAUAACUUCUUAAGCAAUACAAUAAAGCCAUCAAAGCCUCCUCCUCUGAUCAAACCACCUGACCCAACACCUUCAGGUGGUGAGUGUGGUCUGACUUUGUCUAAUAUAAGUAACACUACACCAGCAUGCACUUUCCCUGAUACUUUAGACUCUUCUAACACAAUUCUUCAUCCUUCAGCUAAUUCCAUUUGCUGGAGGGCUGGCGAUACUGACCUCAAUAGCUCUCCUGCCCAGGAAGCUCUAGUGUCUGACUUUGACUCAUCCUUGCCUCAGAACUCAAGUAUAGAGUUCUCUGAACUCAACACACUGGCCUGUCCUUACCCUUCAAUUUCAGUGUGCUCUGUUAAUCAGGACAGUUUUAGUGCAGUCUCUGAUCGAGAGAACUUUGUAGUGGAGCCUCAAAUCACAUCUCUGUGCAGCGAUGCAUUCAGUGCAUUGUCAUUGUCCUUUGUAUCUUCUGAAGUAUCACCAUUUGGCAACAAAUCCUUAGAUUCUCUAUGGCCUGAGGUCGGCAAGAAGACCAAACAUGAGCUUGUCAAAUGUCCUUCUUCUGAAAUGUUAAUAGAUGACACUGAUAAGUCUGUGGAAACCCUCAAGUCUAAAGGCUUGAGCUCAGAGGAGAGUCUGGAGCCUACCAUCAUCACAUCUGACUCCCCUGACUAUCAGACUUUGGAAUCAAGUCAUUUACAAACAAGGACAGAUCAUCUCAAAUUCAAUAAGAGUACCACAAACGAUAAAGGAAAUGUGGGAGUUGUAGAUUUGAAAGAGUGUGUCGUUAAGGAUGAAACACACUUGCAUGGGUUGUCAGUACCAGCAGGAACCAGAUACCAGAGUGUAUUGAACGCAACAGCAGUAGUGGAAGAGAAAGAUGCUGAAGGUGAACCAGGGUGUAUUAUGUCCUUGGACAAAACUGACGCUAGUCCUGUCAAAGAUGGCUCAUUGAUUGACAACUUGGAGGUCAUUAUGACAUCCUCUCCAGGAGUCUCAAGCAACAUCCAGGAGGACAUCAGUGAUUGGCCACCUGAUCCAUGCAGGGGCAACCUGAGGGUCGAUAUCGAACAACUUACGGUAGAGACACCAUUUGUUAGCAGACAGACACCGUCUGUAGGUUACCUCCAUCCUCUUAGUGCCAACGUGAGCAUGGAGACAGAGCCAAGUGCUCUGAUUGCAGCACUGUCUCCUGGCAGCCAGUUCUUCCACAGCCUGUAUACUAGUGUAGAUUCAGAGCAGUACGUCACCUGCAGGUCACUGCACAGUUCCCUGUCCACUCAUUUUCAAGAACCUGAGCCAGAACAUGACGCUUUUCAGGAAGCCAAACCAAAAGAAUCUCAGGGGGUGUUGCCAGUCAAUGACCUAUUACAGAAGAACAUGUCAGAAAUAGAGAGCAGCCAAAAAACACCUGAAGUCUUUCAAAAAACAGACAAUGUCAGGAAUGGUUUUCAGUUUGAUCCGUUAAAUCCACCAGUAUGUCAUGAAUCCAUGCCAAAUUUUAAUACUUCUAAGAAAACCUUACUAAAAUGUGACCUCAUAGAUGAGGCUGUAGGGGCUGGUAUGACAAAUGAAGCAAAUGAACGAACUGUGGACAUGAUGCUCAACCAUAAUUUAAAACAGGAGGAAAAAAAGGUUACCCCUUUAAAAAAGAUGACGAGGACAGAAGAAGAAUAUGUGAAGUCAGACCCUCAACUAUGUUUGGUGAAUACCCAGACCGAUCUACCUGAAUCCCAUUUGUCCCACGAUGUGCGCCAUGACACAGCACAUGGUGUCCAGCCUGCCGAGAACCUAAAUGACACUUUGUGUGAUUUACUGUCUGAACCAAGCUCCAGCAUCACCCAGGACUUAGUUACAACAGAUUUGCUUUUAGAGAAGAUUUUUGUUCCCGGGCACAAUGCAGCAUCUACUAUCAAAACAGUUGCUGUUGAGCACUCUCAAACAAAGAAUUCAGACAAAAACAGUAAUACACAAGAAGCUACAGCUGCUCUACGUUGUACAGAAAGCUUGUACUUGGACAACUGUAAAGCUAAACCGCCUCUACCUGAACCCUCAAGCAUAGAACAGCCGACCCUUCCCCAUUCUUUGCUUUGGGACCUCUUGCCCCUAGCCUCGUCUACACCAGAUAUAGUAGUAGGCACUAAUACUCUGUCCUCGUUCCCCUUCCCUAAAAUGCCACCAACUCCAGCAAAUUCAUCCCAGAGUACUGUGCUGGCUGCUGCUCUUCUUCCCCCUACCCAGCUUGUAUCUCAUGCUCCUUUACCACAGGAAACACAUCAGGUGCCAACUCCCAACAGCCCGCACCCAGUAAAGCCACUCACACCCCCAGAUGAGAAGAGGUCAGAAGGUCGCUCUGUGUUGGAGAAACUUAAGUCCACAAUUCAUCCAGGACGGAGUCACCAUGGAGAUCAAGAUUCUGAAAAGAAGGCCCUGGUGGAAGGUGGAGGCUCCUACUACCAUCUGAACCACAGUGAGCUGGUGUCCUUACUGUUGCAGCGAGAUGCUGAGCUCCAGCAGGAGAAGGAGGAGUAUGAGCGCCGGGGGAUGUUGCUGGAGAAGCGGGAGGUGGAGAUAAAGAAGAUGAAGGUUAUAAUCCGAGAUCUGGAAGAUUACAUUGACACUCUGCUCGUCCGCAUCAUGGAGCAAACGCCUACGCUGCUGCAGGUCCGCUCCAAGAUGAAGUGACCUGGUCAAUGCUCAGCCCACCCUUCACUAAUCCUCCACAAACCUUCCCACCAACUUUGGGCAGAUGUCGCAACCCUGCAUUGCUACUGCUACCAUGUAAAUGUAGAGUACAGCAACCGGCAUUACCGAACAGGCACAGAGGAGAUGAUGUAUAUUUGGCAUGCUUAACUGUAUCCAAAUGCACCUGGAUCUCUGUGUGGGGUCCAAACUUGCCAGGUACACCCCUACCUUGGCAGGGCUUAGGGGACGCACCGCACCUCCCUGCAAUCUUAUUCCGAUUUGACUUGAGAUUCAUUGGCUGAUGAUCACUUUCUGUGACAGAUGUCUCAAAGGUGCAGCUGUCCAGCUAGUUACCAAAACCAUCAGUCAGUCAAAGGAAGGCGUGGUCUUUGUGUGCUUCUGAUAGUUUCUGAUGCUCAAAGUUAUGCAUUUUACCAAAUUCUUACUUUUUUGCUCUUCCUUUCCCAUCACAUUAAUGGGACCUAUCACAUUUUAUCAUGUAACAUUGUGCUGCUUGAAAAGGCCCGUUCUGCUUUAACAAGCAGAAUCGGUCAGUUCAGAAUCUUGCUUGUGCCUCCUUUCGUGUCUUCCGCACUUUACUGACGAGCAUAGGAGCAGAGGCACGCACUAACAUGCUGGCUCCCCCACUUCCCAUCUGUGUCAGUCAGUGCCCUCCCCUCCCCCACCCUGCUUGAGCUAACGCACGCACAUCGCUACCAGUGCUAUCAGGUGUAAAGAACGGGAUAUAUACUGUCCUUAAUGCGUAUAUGCCACUCUGAUGAAAUGCCAAACGCUGCCUUAUCAUAUGUCUCUGUUCUGUUGUCGCUGAAACCAUCACUUUUAUUCAGCUCUGCAUCUGACCUUGAAGCACGACGGUGCAUUUUCAAACUUGAUUACCAACAGACUGUUAUGGUUAAGGUGAAGUCAGGUGAAGACGUAGGAUGUUACUGCCUCAUCGUGGAGCUGUAAGCAAAUCGGAGGCAGGACGGAUAACUUAUAGAAUAUUAAAUGCCUGAAGUUGCUGUUAUUCAGUGUUAGUGUCAUGCACAGCCGAGGCUUUGGCCUGCGUCACUGUCCCUGCAGUGUUGUUACUCUAAUGUCGCCACUAUCAGUGUGUGUUGCAGUGUAGCACCAUGUGUAGUUGUGUGGUAGAGGCCUAUGUUCCAGCACUUUCAGACCACACGCACACUGGAAACGGUUCUUCCUCAAGAGCAUAGGAACACAAAUAGAUGCACAUACACACUGCACUAGCUCAUCCUCUGAACCUAAGAUAUUUACAGUAUUCCUGUGCUACUGUAAUUCUCAUAGUCCAGCCCAGCUAGAAAACAAAAAUCAGAGGUCAACAUAAUACAUGUAAUGCAAAGAGUUGCUGAUAUGAUUAGAAGCACUUACGGGAUCACAUGUUCUGCCUCCCAUUUAAAUAUGAUCUCUGUCUAAUAGAUUGUGCUGAUAAAGACUGAAUGACUGCACUCAAACUGUGUUGCUCAACUGGGCUCGUAUGGAAAGACUGUGUUAAAGUCAGAGACUGAAGUUUACAGUUCUUAAUAAACCUGUUGGGUUUUACAUUUAUAUGUCCUUAUUUAAAAAUAAUAUUUUCAGCCUUUUUAAUGUGUUUGCUUUUUUUCUCAACUGUUGUGUGAAGUUCUGUUCUGUCUGUUCUUUUAAAUGCUCACUGUUCUGCUGUUCUUUUAUAUUUUAUUUAGUGGUUAUGAAUUAUUUUUUUCUCUUUUUGUUCUAUGCCACUAUGCUGUUCACACACCAUGACUGUGUUCGUCAGGUUGUCUCUUUAGAAGUCAGUAAUAAUAUAGAAAGCAAUAGUACAGAAGUACAGAGGACUGUGGGAACUUGUAUAGAACCUGUAGUCCAGAUAGGAGGUACAAGUGCCCUUGGCUUAAUGUAAUGAAAUGUCAGUGGGAUUGAAUGUAAAACAGAUUUGUGCUUUUAAUGGUAGAUUUGAUAAAAAAAAAAUCAAAGCUACAUUUCUGUAUCAGAACCUCUGGUAAUUUAUUUGCAAAUAAAAACAUUUGUUUACAGUUCUACUUUUUUGCUUCUGCCAAUCCAAUCUGGUCAUUUAUGGAAUAUAACAUGCAUUUUCAUUGUAGCUCAUAAUGCCAAUGUUUUUUAAAAUAAAUGAUUAUAUGUAUGUCUUUAAUUUGCCAUUUUCAUUGUAAUUGAUUUAGCUUAUAACUUUUUCCCCUGUUUAUUGGAUAAGUGGAGAGAACAAGUGAAGGUAAAUGUUACAGAUCCUUGAGCAUAGGAACUGGCCACUCUGCAGGAAUCUGGAACUAUUUUAUUUUAUUUUUUUCAAUUUUCUCCUGUGUUUCUCUGAGGUGCUCUCUCUGGGAUGUGCAGGUUGUAGUUGUAUGACUGUCCACAGGGGGCAAAUGUUUGCUUGUUUGAUUAGAUUAUUGAAAGAUGUGCUGCAGUCAGAGACUCUUUAAGUUCAGUUCUCUGGUCUGCCCUUUUGCAUCUGUCUUAAUUAAAUAAACUCUUUUCACUUUG